ACCGACCCGUGCACUCGCCGCGAGAGGUUCCCAUCGCGCGAACGCCGCAGCACGGCCGCAGAGCAGGCUCGGGUGAUGUGAAGCCGCGAUUGGACGGGGGAAAUUCAGUCGCGCCAAAAUUUCCGACAGACCGACGGAGAGUGAGUGCCUUCUGCGGCCGCUUCCAGCAUGUCUAGCACAACGAUAGGCGUCCACAUACGCAGGGCCCAGCCGACAGACUGCGACGCCCUCAGGAGACUGAUGAAAGGCGCUGAGGAGUUCAACUUCAAGGACGAUGCAGCCGCAAUGGCAGAUCUCAAGGAAAAUGCCUUUGGAGAGUGGCCUCUGGUGAAUAUCCUGGUGGCCGAGGACAGUAGCGGAGGCAUUGCCGUGCCAUGCCCUCCACUGUGCGCCAGCCUGAUGCCGUCGCACCCGCUGAUCGGUUGUGCGCUGUACAGCCUCGUCUUCAGCACCUGGGGAGGCCGCAGCAUGGUCCUCGAUGGCUUGCACGUGGCACCCGCGUACCGAGGCAAGGGUGUCGGCUCGGCACUCCUCCGGGCUGUCUUCAAGGAAGCCGCUCAGAACAAGUGCAACGGGCUCACCUGUCACGCGCUGACCAAGAGCGACGCCUUCAUCAACCUGAUGCGUAGGCACGGCGGCAUGGACCAGGAGCGGGAGAAAGGGUGGCACCUCUUCGAGAUGGACGGCCGCGCCGUCACACUGCUCACCAAGGAGCAGCCGUGGGCGCCGCCCAAAGCCGGCGCCAGCACGAGCAAGCAGUCGUGACCGCAGUGCACGCCUGUCUCGCCCGGCGCGCUUUCUGCUGUUCUGUCGCGGCUCGCGAAAGCGCACCAGACACAAGUUCGCCUGCGGCGCGCUAUGUCCGCAUGGACGGCGCCUAGGUGGCCGGAUGGCGAUCGCAGGCUGCCGAAAGGAGGCAGCCGAAGACUUCCGAAAGGCUGCAGCGUUUGCCGACCGCCUGUUACCCCGUUUGCAUUCGAUGUCGAAAUUUGAAACUGCACGAGCGCGGCUUAGAAAAAUCGGAAGGAAGUGAAACGGAUAGGGAAUAAUAAAGAGGGAUCCUGCGAAAACUAAUAGUUCGCUUGAGGCUGCGAACAGCGGCACGUUUCAUGUCAUUUUGGCCAACAUAUAAACGAGACGGUUUAUUUAUAAAUAGCGAUGCAAAGAGUAUAAAUUUAAAAUUUCGCCAGCAUGUUACACUCCUGCAAUACGUGAAGGCGAAAGCCUGCUGUACACUUGGUAACGCAUUAAGUUAUAUGAUCGGAAGGGUCAGACUUCCUGCAAGACGUAACGAGCCGCAGUGUGAAGUAGUACACGUGUGGCAAGCGGAUGUCUGCGCGAGCUUCGUCUCCUUUGUGCGUUGCCGUCUCGCAGCGUCGUGUUGCUGCUUUCGCAGUUCGGCUUCGUAUCGUUUUCGAUACUUGGCUACGGCUUCGCGCGGGGUCAGAGUCGCGCCAACGACGUUUCUCUUCGACUUUACGUUGCGUCCUCUCAGCAGGGGAAGCACCACUCGCGGUCAAACGCCUUGCGCGCGCUGCUUCGCACGUCGCACCUCGUUUCCCGUUUGGCGAGCAUCCUCGGCCGAAGCGUACUUCCGAGGAGGGUAUGCAAUGCAUCGUCGAUGGUUCGGAU